GCAGGGAGGCGGAGGCGGGGAGCCGGAGGGAGGGGACUUAACUCUUCUUAAAUGUCAUACUUUAAUGGGGAUGGAAAUUGUGAAUUUUCUGUGCAUUCCAGGAACAAUUCCUUGGGGUGGUGACCUUUAGCACCGAUUCUCUUAAGAGAGGAAAGUAGUGGAGUGUUUAUCUGGAUGACUGAAAGCUUUCCCUGGUGGAAGUUUAUGGAAGUGUUAAAGGGGGCGGAUAAGACGGGCUUUGGAGGCGCUUGUCCAAUGAUCUGGAGGGGCUUGGAGAGCCGAUCUCAGCUGGCAGACAUUUAAAUGGGAGACAGCUCGGCGCUGCUGCAAUUUGUAGGCAGGAUCCGAGACUCUCUCCCUCUAUGGACUCCCGGGUAGCUCCGGGCUCCCGCGCCACCCGCUCCGCUGAGUGACCCGCCGGGCAGAGCCCCGCAGAGCCCCGGACCCCGCCGAGGAGCCGCCGCCGCCACGCCGGUCCUGGCCGCGGAGCCGCCGCGCAGGAUGGUCCGCACGCUGUACGCCCUCAGCGCCGUGUUUCUCCUGAUGGGAUUUCUGCUCCCCGCAGCAGAAGGGAGAAAGAGGAACCGCGGGUCUCAAGGUGCCAUCCCUCCUCCCGACAAAGACCAGCCCAAUGAUUCAGAGCAAAUGCAGACGCAGCAGCAGCAGCAGUCGGGCUCCAGGCAUCGGGAGCGAGGCAAAGGCAGCGCGAUGCCUGCCGAGGAGGUGCUGGAGUCCAGCCAGGAGGCGCUGCACAUCACCGAGCGCAAGUACCUGAAGCGGGACUGGUGCAAAACCCAACCCCUCAAACAGACCAUCCACGAGGAAGGCUGCAACAGCCGCACCAUCAUCAACAGGUUCUGCUACGGCCAGUGCAACUCCUUCUACAUCCCCAGGCACGUCCGGAAAGAAGAAGGCUCCUUCCAAUCGUGUUCCUUCUGCAAGCCCAAGAAAUUCACCAGCAUGACUGUUACCCUCAAUUGCCCUGAGCUGCAGCCCCCGAGGAAGAAGAAGAGGAUCACCCGGGUGAAGGAGUGCCGGUGUAUAUCCAUCGACUUGGACUGACUGGGGUGUGGGGAUUGCACUCUGACUGUACGCAGGCAUUGCUGGUGGGAGAGCGAGUGGGGGCUGGGCAGAACUGCCCAGGGCUGGGCAAAACUGAAGGACCUUAAAACAAGCAGAAAA